AUUGCAUCCCAAUGUUUCGGUGUGAAGGCAUCCUCACUCCUCUCCAAACGCAGAAGACUCACACUAUGUGGUUGUCGUAGGACACAGCUAUUAUUUUACUUGAAACAACAAUGAAAGUGCACCUUCCUACAGUAGGCAUUGAAUACUUUUUUCUGAGGAUAGCCCAUUGACAGUAAAAGGUAAGCCAGCCUACCAGAGAGACCAAACCAGGAGCAUCCGUGCACUUUUUCGUGCACUUUCCGAGGUAGCCUAUUCUCGGGCAGCAUGCUGCCUAGGCUAUUGUAAAGGCACUGACAGCGCAGGUACCAACAAUUUUUCUCAUUCCAUUUGAACCGGAACGUUAUAACUUCUGGAAUUACAUCUAACGGACCUCGCGGAUUUAAUUUGGCGAUUUACUUGACAGAAGGAAAUUGUUUGCUUAGACCUACAUUUUUAACAUAGGCUACCGAUCUUGGGCUCAUCAUCAUAUUUUAAAUAUGUUCAGGAAGGGUUUAGUCGCGUUCUUGAAUUUUUCAAUUCUGGUGCGUGUGUUGAUGUCUCAUGAAUGUACGCCAUGUGAUCUCCGGACGUGUCCGCCGAAAGCCUGCGAGAGCGGUCGGACUCUGGCCAGGGACCCGUGCGGAUGCUGCGAUCAGUGUACCCGGAUGGAGUGGGAGCCGUGCGCCGGCCAGGACUGGGCACUGGGCUACUGCGCCUUGGGACUAACCUGCGCGGCUGUCAACCAAACGGGAGCUGUAACGCUCCCUGAAAUAGGAGUUUGUAAAGUUCUGCCUCACAGUCCGGAGGCUGGGUUGGAGGAUGAGCGCUGCCCCCUGCAGACAGGCUGUGACAGGGCCGGGGCCAUGUGUGUGUGUGACGCCCGUCACUCCUGCCUGGGCUCCUUCAGCUACCCUGACAUGGAAUCCUGCAUGAGGGCCAGCAAGACAGAAGGCCGUAGACAUGAGUACCAGGAGAGGCACAGGGAGAAGUUUGUGGGACCCUCCGACCCAGCUUGCAUGUUUUCUGGGUGCAACCUGACAGCACAGGGCUGUGUGUGUGAAUCCCAGAGCUGCCACUAUCACUCCUCCUACAUCAACCGCAGCCAGUGCCAGGAGGCCGCAGAGGAGCUGAAAUGUGCCGCGACCACAUGUCCUGCCCUGCCGGUGCCUUCCUGUCCUGAGGGCUCGGUUCUGACCAAGAGCUACACUCCCCCUGCUGGCUGCUGCCCCACUGUGCCCCCCCAGUGCACCUGUGACCUCCGGGCGUGCCACAAGCCCCAGUGCCCCUCCGGCCAGAAGACUGUACCACUCAGUCAGGCCACCGGCAAGCCAGGAGACUGCUGUGACAUGUUCGAGUGCCAGAAAGUUUCUCCCAAGUGUGUCCACAACGGGAAGGAGUUUUCAGAGGAGGAGGUGUACCGUAUGGACCCGUGCUGGCUCUGCCAGUGCCGAGGAGGGAUAUCCUUCUGCUCCAAAGCAGAAUGUGCGGAACUCGACUGUGAGAACUUCUACAUCCCGGAGGGAGAAUGCUGCCCCGUAUGCAUAGAUGUGGAGCUCCUGUCUAUGGAUAGCACGGAGGCCAGCUGCUGGGUGAACAACAAGCUGCGUGGCCACGAGGAGCAGUGGAAGGAGGAUGACUGCACCUUCUGUCAGUGUGUGGAUGGAGACCCUCACUGUACCGCCAUGGCCUGCAAACAGAGCUGCCAGAACCCAGUCAAGAUCCCAGGAGAAUGCUGCCCCUUCUGCGAGGAGCCUUCGUAUGAGACAGUGAGCCCCAUGCUGUGUCCUCGUCUGGAGAACUGCUCUCGAUCAGGGAAAGAUUGCCCCUACGGCUUCCAGCAGGACAACAACGGCUGCCUGCUCUGCCAGUGCCUCAACCAUGAAUCCUGCCCUGACCUGGGGACAUAUUGCUCCCUGCAAUGCCCCAUGGGAUACGAGAAGGAUAACUUUGGCUGCGAGGUGUGUGAGUGCAGCUCUCCAAUGCCCAAGUGCCGACCCCUGACCUGCAGCAAGACCUGUCCCUACGGAUAUGUGAGGAAUAAGCACGGCUGUGAGAUGUGUCGCUGUGUCAAGUGUCCCCCCUUAACCUGUGAUAAGAACUGCAGCGAUGGCUACCGGCAGAACAGGAAGGGCUGCUCCAUUUGCAUGUGCAAAGAGAGUGACCACCUGCCAAGCACCACUGCCCCCGCCCCCAUGCCCAGCUACUGCCUGACCUCCAACGGGCACCGCUAUGAGGAGGGCGAGAGCUGGCACGACGGCUGCCGAGACUGCUACUGCCACACCGGGAGAGAGAUGUGUGUGCUCAUAUCCUGCCCUGUGCCCAGUUGUCCCAACCCCGUGGUCAGGCCUGACCAGUGCUGUCCCACUUGUGAAGAUGAGUCAGGCAGUGGUCAGCCAGAGGGCAUGGACCUGGUGGUGUGUCGAGCCCCUGGGGGGAAACUCUAUGUGGAGGGAGAGACCUGGAACCUGGAUGAGUGUACACGCUGCACCUGCAGGAAGGGCCGUGUUCUGUGCGAUACUGAAGUGUGUCCCCCUGCUGUGUGUCAGGCCCCAACCAGGAACAAGGACACCUGUUGCCAUGUCUGCCCAGAGGACAAGCAGGGUCCCCAGCUCCCGGUGAGCACCAGUCAGCAGGAGUACUGUAUCUCCAGCGAGGGAGACGUGCUUUUGGCUGGGGACACCUGGAAGGCCAAUGCCUGCACCAGCUGCACCUGCAACAAUGGAACCAUUCAGUGUUUCUCCCAGCGCUGCCCGCCUGCCAACUGCAGGGUGCCCGUCCUGCGCAAGGGCCAGUGCUGCCCUCACUGUCUGGAAAUAACAACAACGUCUGUUCCAAUGAUGGUGUCGACCAAGGCCCCCAAGACCAGGGUUACUACCACAGUGGACAACACAGUCUGGAUCCCCACUGUCACUUUGCCUCCUAUCAUUGCUGCUACAGAUGGGAACAGCCUGGGAGAGAACAUCCCCAGUCAAACUAGGAUGGCUCUCAUCUACCAAUCAGCUGCCUGGAUACUGGCCGGUCUCCUCCUGGCCAUCGUCAUCUUCCUCAUUGUGGCAGUCCUCAUUAACAAGAAGAAAAAGUGGGUGCGGAUGUCGUGCUACAGCGCCCCCAAGAAGACUGUGAUCCUGAAGAAGCAUGUGAAUAAGAACUCGGUGGUGUACAUGGAACCUUCAAAGGAGAACAAGUUCCAGAGCAUGAAGAAUGACUGUGGCAUCAACUUCUCCCCAGAGAUGAGCUCACCAUGUGGGGAGAGGAUGCUCAUCCCCCGGGUCAAGCUGAGUACGGGCCAGGUCAGGGGACAGCGCUAGACCCCCCUCCCCCUAAACACCAACUCCCAUUCACCAGACCCCCAAACUCUACGCUGCCCAAAAGGCUACCAAGCACCUCCUCUUCUCUCUUUCUCACAUUUUCAUGGUGAUCGAUCCACAACAAUGCAAUGCAACUGCCUGUUGCUUUAUCAUACUGCUGGUACAGUGAGGAGAGACUGUGGAGGCAGGAGGAUGUGGCCAUUAUGGGACUUUGCCAUACAGUUCACCACAGACAGAGUGACAGUCAGCCAGAGAGGCUACUAGUCAGCCAGAGGCUACUAGUCAGCCAGAGAGGCUACUCGUCAGCCAGAGAGGCUACUAGUCAGCCAGAGAGAGCUCUGAAAUGUGAACAUGAUCAUCAUCGCUUCUCGCCUUCUCUGGAACUAGAACAUGAAACUAACAGGAGGAAUAUAACAGCUUUAGGACAGGGGUUUGGGUUCUAGUCGAAGGUCUCUAGUUUGCUCUUUUCUAUGUGCCGCAGCGCAGCACUCAAUUCAUCAACAAUUGUUUUAGUGAUGCCAAUUUAACUGGUUUUCCAGUUGUAAUCAAAAUUGGAUGGGAGGGUAAGUCGAUUAUCAGAUGAAUGGCUAGUUCCAUGACUCGCUCCUCUCCCCAGUCAAUGACUUUGAGCAGCAUCAGAACCCAGCAGACUAUGGCCUAGAAAAAAAAGAAACCCAAACUCCUGCUUUAGAACGUGUGGUUUCCAUCUUAGCUUUUUUUAAAUAUAUUUCUAUGUGUAAUA